AUGGAGACUACCACGCACUCAAAACCCCCUCAAGAUAAGACUAUUUUGCUCUUAGUAUUCUUUUUCAGCAUGGUUGUAGUAAACUCAAGUCCUCAUAUCCCUUAUCAUAUUACUUGGCAGCUUAUUAAUUUAAGAACCGGAGCAAUUGUCAAUAGCACCUCUGGUUUUAAUGUUCUUAGUGAUUAUUUUCCUGAAUUGUAUUUUGACCUUUGUCAACUUUUUGAUGCUGACGAUGUAUGUGUUGGGAAGGGAGGAACCUAUGUCUGUCCCGGGGGAAAGAAUGGAAAAUCCCUUCCUGGUUGCGGGGGCCCCGAAGUAGGAUACUGUGAAAAAUGGGGAUGUGAAACCACUGGAAGUGCACACUGGAAACCCUCCUCUUCAUGGGACCUGAUUACUAUCGGGGCGGCUCCAGGUAUAAUAUUUAGUAACUGUGGGGGUAGGGACUGUAGUACUUGUAUAAAUGGGACGUUGGGUAGGUGUCACCUCCAGAUCCUUCGCUUCACAGAUAAGGGAAAACAGGACAAAUGGGUCGGGCCUAAGUCAUGGGACAUAUACUUGUAUAGACCGGCCAGAGACCCCUUUGCCCUAUUCGCCUUGAACCAGAUGGUUGCUGUCGCAACCGUAUCGGUUGGACCAAAUAAAAUAUUAACAGAUCAGAGGAGCCCAACCUCCCCACACUUUGCAAAGGGGAAAUCUCUUGGGCAGGUACUUGUCAGAAAUCGGCCCAGUCAGACGCCUGCCAGCAGUCAGUCCAGUCUGGCUUCCCCGACAACCGUUUUCCCGAAUAAGCACGUAGUAGCAACGCCUCCUCCGCCCGGCCCUGAAAAUUCCUCCUUACCCGGAACGGGGCAUAGGCUCCUCAACCUAAUACAUGGGGCCUUCCAAGCAUUGAAUGGCUCUGACCCCGAUAGGACCCGGGAUUGCUGGCUGUGCCUAGCCUCACCUCCCCCUUAUUAUGAGGGAGUAGCUGUCAUUGGAAAUUGGACCAACCAUACUAUUGCCCCUCCCCAGUGCACCAAUUUGCCAUCCCACCGCCUAACUCUUCCAGAAGUGUCAGGGCAGGGACUCUGUGUAGGCUCCAUUCCCCCUCAAUAUCAGGGCCUCUGUAAUAAAACUAUGACCCUCAAACCAGGCACCUAUUAUUUAACAGGACCAAAUGGAACAUUUUGGGCAUGCAAUACAGGCCUAACCCCCUGCUUGGCAGGACAAGCUCAUAAUCAAACUCAUGAAUGGUGCGUCAUGGUUGAAGUAUGGCCUCGGGUCACAUUACAUGACCCUGAGGAAGUCUACCGACAAUAUGAGGGAAAUCUUCGGCUCCCUAGGGAACCCCUAACAAUAACCCUAGCCCUCAUAUUGGGAGAACUCAUAGUCAGGGGCAUUGGGGCAGGCAUAGGUACCGGAGCCGCUGCCCUGUCUAAGACAAAUCAGUUUCACCUGUUACAACAAGCUAUGCAUUCAGAUUUACAAGCUUUAGAAGAAUCUGUCAGUGCCUUGGAAAAGUCCUUAACUUCACUCUCCGAGGUAGUAUUACAAAAUAGAAGGGGGCUGGACCUGGUAUUUUUAAAGGAAGGAGGACUCUGUGCAGCCCUAAUGGAAGAGUGUUGUUUCUAUGCGGAUCACACUGGAGUGGUCAGAGACAGCAUGGCAAAAUUAAGGGAGAGACUAAAACAAGGACAGAGCCAUUUUGAGGCGGGACAGUCCUGGUUUCAGAGCUGGUUUAACUCAUCCCCUUGGUCAACAACCUUAAUCUCCACCAUCACAGGGCCCUUGAUAAUAUUACUUUUAAUCUUAACCUUUGGACCCUGCAUAAUAAAUAGGCUUCUUCAGUUUAUUAACAGUAGACUGUCUAUCACCCAUGCCCUGGUCCUGACCCAGCAGUACCAAAGUUUAAAAACAGAAGACAUAGAACAAACAUUUUAG